GCGUCUAGACUGUGUGUAAGCACUUGCCAUUGACGGAGCCAGACGAUAAUUCAUUGCUGCGCCACACCAGUGGCGCAUGGAAUGCGCCGUGCACUGUGCCGUGUAUGCAAAAGGCCACCUGGCCAUUAAUGGGACCUGCCUAUACCUGAGGCUCCACCACUUUUUGAGGUAUCUAGCCAAUCACAGUUUCGGAAAGAAGCAGUGGACUUCCUAGGCAAAGAUAAGAGCGACCAUGCCUGUUUACGAUGGCUUCGAGCUAGAAACUUUGACGUCCAGCAAGCGAAGACUAUGAUUAGAAAGAACACCACAUGGAGAAAACAGCACAACGUGGACAACAUUCUUACGCACUACCAGCCAAAACCGUUUAUAAAGAAGAAUCUCGUUGGAGGCUGGUGCGGAUUCAAUAAAAAUGGCGGCCCCACCUGGAUCUAUCCUUUAACAGGAUUCAGUGUGACAGAUCUCCUGCGCGGAUCGAGCAGCGCAGAGGUCAUGAAAGAAAUGACCUACCGCUUAGAAGUCAGCGUCAAGCUAAUGGAGGAACAAAGCAUCAAGCUAGGACGCAAUGUCGAAACGCACAUGUUCAUCUUCGAUUUCGGCGGCUUUCCUAUGUCGCAAGCGUUACAUCCUCAAGCAAUCAGUCUGAUGACCGGGUACAUCAGCGUGUACGAAGCCAAUUACCCAGAGAGAAUGCAGGAAGCGGUCUUCAUCAACGUGAUGCCCUUUUUCACCGUUCUGUUCAAUCUGUUCAAGCGCGUCUUGACUAGUAGGACGCUGCAGAAGAUUACAAUUUUCGGAAAAGAUAACUGGAAGGAGUUUCUGCUGGAACGCAUCGACAAGGAGCAGCUUCCAGUAAAAUGGGGUGGCACCAAAACCGAUGAGGAUGGAGACCCCAGGUGUCCGUCUCUGAUAACCGUCCUAACUCCCAUAUCGGAAGAAGAGUUCGCGGAGGCACGGGCGUUAAGGGAGAAGGACUCUACCUGGGUAACCAUUGAUAGACGAGCCCUACACGAAGUUCCUAUCGAAGUACCAAAGAGCGGCCAUACACUAUGGUGGGAGUUCGAGACCGAGCAUCACGACAUCGCCUUCUCCGUGGUCCGAAGGCCAGGUACGGAAGCGCAAGAUGAAGAAGUCGUGCACCCGUGCGAGCGUGUUGAAGCCCACUUUCAGGCGCAAGGAGGCUGCAUCGUCUGUGAUAAACCAGGCACCUAUGUACUGAAGUUCGACAACACGUUCAGCUCCUACCGAAGUAAGAAGCUGGGAUACGUCGUUAGGGUGGAGCCACCGGCACCAGCCCAGACCAUCACAACGCCUCACUGAACCAACCAUGCCAUGAAUAUGUCCUCUGGAAUACUCUACUCAGGAAAGACGGAACCCGUUCACACACAUCUGGCACGUACAAUGAGGCAAAGGCUGUCGCGAUGAAACAUCCGGAUCAUAUAUCAUUCAAAUAAAGUGUUAUCGAGAAAGAA